AUGUCUGACACAGAAGAGGUCGUGGAUGAGGAAACACAGGAGGAAGAAGAUGAAUCAAAGCCAAAGCCAAAAUUCAUGUCAAACAUUGCUGCUCCAAAGAUCCCGGAUGGGGAGAAAGUAGAUUUUGACGACAUCCACAGGAAGCGCCAAGAGAAAGAUCUGUCAGAGCUGCAGUCUCUCAUUGAGGCUCACUUCAUCCAAAGAAAGAAGGAGGAAGAGGAGCUCGUCGCCCUCGUCAACAGAAUUGAGAAGCGUCGCACCGAGAGAGCGGAGCAGCAAAGGAUCCGGGCCGAGAGGGAGAAGGAGAGGCAGGCCAGGCUCGCCGAGGAGAAGGAGCGCAGAGAGCAGGAGGAGCACCGCAAGAAGCAUGACGAAGACGCCAAGAAGAAGAAGGCCCUCUCCAGCAUGACCCAGCAGUACGGCGCAGGACAGAAGAGUGAAAAAAAAGGCAAAAAGCAGACAGAGAGAGAGAAGAAGAAGAAGAUUCUGGCUGAGCGCAGGAAGGUGCUCAACAUCGACCACAUGAGCGACGACAAGCUCAAGGAAAAGGCUAACGAGCUGUGGCAGUGGCUGCUGGAAUUGGAGACGGAGAAGUACGACCUCAACGACAAAGUCAAAAGGCAGAAAAGUGAUAUCAACCUGCUCCUUGUCCGAGUACAGGAUCACCAGAGCACCAAGGGCCGUGGCAAGGGCAAGAUGGGCGCCCGGCUAAGGUAAAGAGGCACCCACCCCUCCCGCCCCCAUCUCCAGCCGGGACAC